AUGGCACCGACCUUGGUGCAUCCCCCGGAGAACGAGGGCGGCUUGAACUAUGGUCCUCCACCAAUUAUGCGACUGCAGGUGUGGUAUCAUACCAAGCUUGGGAUGAGCACGCAGCUCAGUCAGGACCUCGCGAAGUUCCUGUGCCAACGAGGCGGUGUCGAUUGGACCUUCAGCCCAACCUUGCCAACCAUCAGUGUUCAGCACUCCCGCGACACGCUCGUUCCUCUCGAGGUUGAUCUCGAGUACAAGGCUUCAUCCCAUCAAGAUGCGCCCUACCAAAACCUUCGCGUGCUCUUCAAGCAGACCAUUGUUCCGUUGGUUCGGAUUUUCUUCCAGCGACUGAGCGACAGGCCACAAUUCAUCAACAUCUACCCAGAUGGUGACAAGUUGACCGCAGAGAUCAAACAGGCCUACACGUUCUACCACAUUGAGCGUUCCAUGGCCAUGAGCUACAAGCGUACUGCCCAGUCUGUCGCUUUGGAGCAAGAUCCCUUGGAUCAGACUAUACGCCGUAUUGGCGCAGCUGCGCCAACCGUCGUCGCGCGGUCGAGUGAUAUCCUGAUGGCAGUUGAUCAGUUUUCUUAUAACUUGCUCAAGGGUAGCUCGCCGCAUGAAGAGUGGGAUCGUAUCAAAGAAUUGUUCUCAGUGGAACUCAAAGACAAAGAUAUCUUCGGCGUUGUUUCUCAAAUGACGGUCGCCGUGCAGCUCCUAUCAGACCAACGUGCACAGUUGGAAAACCUCAGAAAGCUCCUCAUCGAAAAAUACGAUGACGACACUCCGCUCAAGGAGAGGUGGUGGCAGAUCGCAUGCGCAGUGCUAGUAUCCUCGGCUGCGGCGGGCACUGGCCAGUUGGCUGGGAUUUCUUCAUUGACUACUUGUGUGAUUACUGGUUUAUGUGGCAGUCUCUCCAGCAUUGCCACUGGAUAUGCACUUGCUGAUCAUUAUGGGUUGGAGAAGAAAAAGCAGAAAGUCUCGCGCUUUGUCAGUCGGAUGGAACAUCUCCAAGAAUCCAUGGAACAGGCUCAACUUGCCUUCUCGGCCUUGUUCUGUAAACAAGUCUUGAAGAUGCCAUUGGAAUUGAUGCCAAGAUCUGAGCAGAAAGAAACGCUGGCGCUGCUAGGGGUCGAUAUCGUAAAACUAGGCAAUCAGACCUGGACUGACGAAUCUAUCAUGUACGAGGUUGAAAAUUUUGCCGCAGAGCUCAAUGACAUUGAGAAGCUGCGGAAAGAUGUUGGAAAGGACGCGGGCUUGAGAGACGCGAAUGCAAUCACCGCGGAUCAGUCAGGACUCUGA